CCCCACACAUCGCGCGUGGCUUCUGUAGGAAGUGGGAGCUUCUUUCGCCCAUCUUACGCGUUUUCCGUUGGGAAAAUGGGCACCGGCUGUCAUUUCGUUGAUAAGUGUUGAUAAGAAAAUCGUUAGAAAGAGAAAGAAAAUAUUAAUUUUGAAUCGAGCCGUAAUGAAAUUAUAUAACGCGAUAAUCGUUGAGUAGAUUGACGCCAGUAGUGUCUAUGCAUUGCGCUAAGAACGAUGCCUUUACAGUGCCAUGAAAAUCUAUGUUGCCUCACUGUUUACAGUUUUUAUUUUUCGUGAAAUGCAAAGGAAGUAGCGCAUUUUACGUGAAAAUACGCAAUUCUUAUAUAUUUAUUCGUCUCGGGGUGGGGGGUGAAGUUCGUGACUGCAGCUGACAGUUUUCCCGUCACGUCGCACAUAUCGAGGACCCCAAUCUUUGGUCCUACACAUCGCCACUCGUAUUGAAGCUUGCUGGAUUCUUACGGGCAAGAUAGAACAGAAUGGGUUCCAGUCAACAAUUUUCUCUUAGGUGGAAUAAUUAUUUAAAACAUAUUACAUGUGCUUUUGAUACGUUAAGGACAGAUGAAGAUCUCGUUGAUGUUACAUUAAGCUGUGAAGGCAAGCGGAUCAGAGCACACAAAAUGCUCUUAUCAGCAUGUAGCACAUAUUUCAGAGAUCUUUUUAAGGAAAAUCCAUGUCAACAUCCAGUUAUAAUAUUCCGUAAUGUAAAAUUUGAUGACUUAGCAGCCUUGGUCGAUUUUAUGUAUCAAGGUGAAGUUAACGUUGUUCAAGAACAACUUGCUAGCUUCUUAACAACAGCAGAAUUGCUGGCAGUUCAAGGUCUCACUGAUGGUACAGGGAAGGAUAAUGAUGGUUUGGUUGAGGAUGAUUUAGAAAUUCCCAAUGAACCAGAAAUACAACUACAAAAUUCUUCUAUAAAAUCUACAAUGGAUGUCAAGAGAAGUAAGUCACCUUCUUCACCCAUGCCAUAUCAUGCAGUUGAGUUGCAAACUGAAACUCCACCUACAAAGAGACGAAAAUGUCGUGAUAACACGAAUACGAAUGCGGAUAAAACAGUUAGCAAUGCAUUAUCUGGAAAAGACUCAGAAAAUAAGAUAUCAGAUAAUCAAACAAUACCUGGUUCAGAUCCUGUUGAAAUAAUUCCUUUGAUGCCAAAUCUAAAGCUAGAAAUGCCUGAAUAUUUGGAACAAGAUGGUAGUAGUUGCAGUUAUGAAGAACAAAGCAUAGGAGACAGUUCAUUGAACAAAAUUGGAAUAGAAGAUACACCAUCUAACACACCUGAUCAUGAUCAAAAACCAGACAUUACUCAAACGUUUUAUACGAGUAAUCAAUCUGUUUCUGAUAGUUUGGAUAGUAAACAUCAGUCAGCAGAUGUUGGACAUCUAUUAUCAAAACCCAGUACUUCCGGAGAAAGGCUAGCACAGGAAGCAGUACAGGGGGGGGUGGGACGCAAUUGGAAGCAUGUUGGCGAUACAACUGGUCAAGUGGUGAUGCAGGGUCCAGGACGUUUUUCCUGCAGACUCUGCGGAAGCGUUUACAAGCACCUUGCUUCGCUGACCCAGCACCUCGAAGUGCAUCGCAACCAGACGACCUGCAUCCUAUGUCACACCACUCUCAGUCGUAGAACCGACCUGCGACGUCAUAUGCGUCUGAAACAUAACAUGCAAUGGCAAAAAACGAUGCAGAGGCAACGCAGUCCGAAAAAAAAAUUGGACUCGUAAUUUAAAUGUCUAUUGUUUUUAUCGGCGCGACGAUUAUCUCUCUCUCUCUCUCUCUCUCUCUCUCUCUCUCUCUCUCUCUCUCUCUCUCACUCUUCUCCCUUUCUUUCUCUCACUCCCUCUCUCUUUUUCUUUCUCUGAAACACAAUAAAACAAUCGAGUCAACGAUCGAUUCUUUUCUCGACGCGUCGAAAAAGGAAUUUUUUUCCUUGUCCUACAAUAUUGUUUCUUUUCUUUAUAUUUUAUGUAUAUUUAUUUUCCUCCCACUAUUCACCGUUCUCGUAAUAUACCUCGAUAGUUUCUUUCUUUCUUUUUUUUUUUUUUUGUUUUAAUACUUAUCGAUCGAUCGAUAAAUAAAUUCGACUUCGAGGACGCGAAGUUCCAAAUUUUGUCAAAUGAACGUGUAAUGAUUCUUUUGCUCGUUUAUUUUUAUUUUUUUAUUUAUUUAUUUAUUAUUUUUCUCUUUAUUUUUUUAUGUUUUAUUGAAAUUGAUAAAAGGGGUGAUUUUUAAAUAUUCAUUUGAAUACACGUUUUAAAGUGGAGAUAAGAUAUUCGAAAGGAUGGUUACAUUUAAAUAUCGAAAAUUAGUAUAUAUAAUAUAUUAAGGAUAAUCGAUGAUCAUUUACAAGUUAUCCUUUAUCUUAAUCGUAAAAGCUAAUGUCUAUUGAAAAAAAGAAAAAAGUAAUAAUAAUAAUUAUGCAAAUGCGUAACACGCUCGUUUUCAUUUUCUAGUCGCCGAUGACUGAUUUUAGAGAAUAAUUCUAAUUAAUAUUUGUGAUCUCUCCAUUUAGACUCUGCGUUAGUUUAUUUAUUUAUAUAUUAAUAUAAAUAUUUUUUAGAGUUCCAUUUCAUGUCAUCAGUCUCAUGCUCUCUCUCUCUCUCUCUCUUUCUCUCUCUCUCUCUCUCUUUCUCUCUUUGUAACAAAUCAUAUACAAAUUCUCAUUUCGAUUUUGUAUUAUUAUUCUGAGAUACAAACUUGAAAAACAAAGUUUAUAAAACUAAAAAACAAAAAUGUCAAAAAAGAACAAAAUUUUGCUCUUAUAAUCAGCCAUAUCUGUUUCCAGCGAUUGCUUGCAAUCAUAAAUCGAUUUCGUAUCGUCCGUCAUAAAAAAUCAUCUCGUUCGAAUCGAAAACCAUAGCUUGGCAUCCUAAUAUAAAAAAGAAAAAAAAAAAGAAAGAAAAAAAGAACGAAGAAUAGAAGAAAAAAAUAUCGAUAAAUCUUUAUCGAAAAAAUCGAACGAACAAAAAUCGAAAGAAAGAUCAACUUUGUACAUUUUCGUGAAAAUUAUGUUCAAGUUUUUCACGCACAUACACAUAUGAACACAUAUACAUAGAUACCAAGAGACUCGAAAGAAAUAAAGAAAAAAGUUAAAAAUAAAUAAGCAAAAAAAAAAGAUGGAUAUAAAAAGGUUUUCUUUGUGAUCGACGAUGGUUUUAGCUGCUUCGAAAUCACCGUAUAGACAGUGCCUUACACGCGGCUAUCUAGUUUCCAUGUUUAAUGCAUUAUCCUUUCAGAUAUUUACCAUAGUUGAACGACACAAUGUAAAGAGUAUAAAUUAUCUAUAAUAAUGACCUGUUAAUUUUGUUACCGGCUUACCCCGAUGAUUGACCCCCUUGCGUAAAAAAAAAAAAGAAGAGAAAAACCAAAACAAAUAUUAAAUGACACAGUGAGAUAAUAUUUCUCUCAACUCGACGAGUCAACGCUAAAAAAGAAAUAAUGAAAAUUUUCAUAAUUUCAUAAAUUCGAACGAAAUCGAAAAAGAUAUGUGUAUGGAUUAUGCGAUGUUAUAUAUGUUCGAAGGAAAUUAUUUACCGACAACAAGAAAAACAAAAAAAAAACGCGAACGUUGAGGAACGCUAAUUGAGACAAAGGUCUUGUAAAGUAUUUACACAAAAUUAGCCAUUUAUAUUAAUAAAUAUAAAGAUAUUGUUUCACUUAUCGAGACACAUGCUUGAUCGUAACGUUGUGCAUACGUAUAAGUCGUUAAUAAUAUAUUAUAUAUGUGUGUGUGUAUAUAUAUAUAUAUACAUAUAUAUAUGUAUAUAUAUAUAUAUUCACAAUAUAAGUGAUUGUAUUCAAAUGUAAGUAGCUUGAGUAACAUUGAAAGAAAACUCAUCGAAAUAUCGUAACUCGUUGUAAUCAAUCAAAUAAGGGACGAGAAACUUACGAUUGGCGUAUGCCACUCGAUUUUUUGUUAAUUUAUUUAUACUUUCUUUUUCUUUUUUUUUUCUUUCCUUUUUUUUUCUUAAGAACGUUGCGUUAUAACACAGUAAAAAUGAGAUUUCUCUCACUUUGAGAAAAUAAAACUCUAAUCAAAUCGAAAAUUAAUUUGAUUCGAAUUUUGAUCACGGAUGGUAUUUCAUUUUUAUUUUGUUUUGUUUUGUUUGUUUUUCAUUAUAAUUUUUAUGCAUAAUAUUUUCGUUGAAAUAAAGUUUACUGAUUGUUCCGUCGAUUUUGAUCUUAACGAUAUUUAAAAUGAUUAUGAUAAUUACUAUAAACGCUGCGUACGCACCUAUGCAAUUUUGCAUAGUAAGUGUUGCUUAUACAUUGAAUAUUCGUAAUUAUUAUUAUAUAAGUGAUCAUUCAGAAAGAAUUCUUAAGUAACGUACUCGUGUGCACGUAAAACAAGAAAAAAAGAAGAAAAAAAGACAAAAAAAAAAGGCAAAAAAGAUGAAAAUGCAAUGACCAGAAAAUUUAAUGUUUGCUCUUAAGCCGUUAUUCUAAUUUGUCAACAUAAAAAGAAGAAUAAUGAUUUACUCUGUAAUUCGAUAAAUGAAAAGCUAAAAUACUGAAAUUCAAAAUUCUUGUAAACUCAAAUCAUUGAAGAUGGUAGACAAGAUUUUUAUUCGAUAAAAGUGUAUAAUAAAGAAGAAAAGAUGUUUGAUCGUGAUAACACGACGAAAAGAUUUAAAAAGAGAUUUAAUUGUAAGAAAAAAAUCGUAGAACAUAGACAGAAAUGAGUGUAUACAUGACAACGAAGUUUGAAGUAACACGAUCAUUUCUGUUUCGUAAAAAUAAGUUUAGAAAAACAAGAUGUGAAAGACACUGCACGAUCGAACGAUAAAAAAGAAAUUUUCGAAAUUUCUAAAAUACGAUUUAGAUUUUAGACCGGCUAAAGAGCAUCCAUCGUAGUAAGUACGUUCGGCUUAAAACUGAUUUGCACAAGAAGUACGUAGUAACAUAUAUAAACGAACGAUCGCGAUGCAAAAAUCAAUGCGUAUUUAUUUAUUUCUAAGUUUAAUAAUGAUGUAAACGAAAAAAAAAAAAACACAAAAAAAAUACAAAAAAAAAAAAAAAUGAAAAAGCACCGACGAAACGUGCAUAGAUUCACGAUGAUCAUAGACGGAGCUAUUCUGUAGAUACAAUGACGUUAAACGUUCGCGUUAUAAAGAACGAAUAUCUUUCGUUCUCGUUAAAUACGUAUGUAUUUUAUUAUAGAUCUUAUAUCUACGAGUUUGUAACGUAAUCGAAGGCAAUGUAAGACUAUGCUUAAAGAUGUUAUCGCUGUAAUGUAAAUAAAAUGAUUUGUGAUGUA